AUGAGAAGAUUUUUUUUCAUUUUUAUUAUCAUUUUAGUAUCGGCAGUCAUGCUUUGUUAUUGCGAUUUCCGUCAGGAACGUGCAAAAGUCAGGUACUGCAAUCCGAAGUACUUGACCGACUGCGUUGUCUUCACCGGCAGGAAGAGCAGGCACGAGCCAUACCUGACCAACAUGACGGGCACACUUGUCGUGCCGUUUGGAAACAAUGUUACCAUCGCUUUGACGCUACAGAUGAAAUCUGGCGGCGAUUUCCGCGUGACCACCAAAGUCUGCGAAGCGUUUCAGUCCAAGUGGAUGAAGGAGUUCACGAUUCGACACACCAACCUAACUUUGGGCCAUUGUCCGUAUCCACCCGGCAGAUACCGUUAUAUGAAUAUGGAGCUACCGCCCAAGAACGUACCGAUCCCCGUUGCGGACGGCGACUACUACAUACGGUUCCAGAUGCUGGUCACCGACACCAAUGAGGAGAUCUGCGACCUGAUCACGUUCCUCCACUUCGAACAGAACAAGAAACCCAAGAAGAUUAAUAAAAAAACAUAA